UUUAUCAUUAUUCUUCAAUUUAUUUAAAAUUCAGCUUUAUUAACAUUAGUACGACAAAAAUUGUGAAAGCUGUAUUAGUGAAUUUUAAUUGUUGGAAGUGACUUUUAUAAAAAAAAAAAAAAACAUUUUGAAGUGACUUAUAUUGAAAAAAGGAAACAUUUUGAAGAUGCAUCAUUUACCAUAUUACUGCAGUCCCGAACAGAUCAAAAGUUACCACAAUGGCAUUUUAUCAGCGGCUGCUGCAGCAGCAGCAGGGAAUAGUUCAUUGUUCAGUAUAGAUAACAUCCUGGCACCGAGACCAUUACUUGCACCUCGGCCGUACUUUCCAUAUCCAAGUCUUCCGCCGACACCUCACGACAUAUUUGCUGCAUAUGGCCACCUUCCAGGUUUGAUUAACCCAGCAGAUUUUGUUAGAGCUGGACACAAACGUAAACGACGUCACAGAACAAUAUUCACAGAGGAACAGCUAGAAGAGCUCGAGAAGACGUUUAGCAAGACUCACUAUCCAGAUGUUAUGUUAAGGGAAGAACUUGCCAUGAAAAUUGAUUUAAAAGAAGAGAGAGUUGAGGUUUGGUUUAAAAAUAGACGGGCUAAAUGGCGAAAAACAAAAAGAGAAGAAGAAGCAGCAAAACGUCUAGGAGACUCAGCCUCUACCUCCACCAGUACCAAAGCAACAGACGACACAUUGCCAUCACGUGACUUGUUAAAUGAAUCAAAUGACAAUGAAGAUGAUGACAGCGAUUGUCUCUCAGAAAGGAGUACAGACUCCCCCAAAAUUGACGUUAUUAACGAAAACAUUGAUGUAAAAAAUGAAGAUACCUCCUCAUCGUCACCCAAACCUCAAAACAUUUCAUAUAUUUGCCAUAGUCAACAAAAACUUUCAUGAUAGCUUGUUCUACAUAUGAAUUUCACUCAUAGUGCCGUGACAGAGGAAUUCUGGUUCCUCAUGAUUGUUCAUCAUUUUUUGUUUUGUUGUUAUAUUUUAUUUUUUUUCUCUUCACGGAUAGGAAAUCCAAAUGUAAAUCCAUUUUAUUUAUGUGCAGCUUGAAAGUCCGUGCAUGUAUGUGUGCUAGUAUGCUUGUAUGUGUUCGUAAGUAUGUGUAUGUGUGUGUACGACUAUGAUUCCAGUAGAUGAAUGUUUUAUUUACGCGUUGGAAUAGUAUGAUUUCAGUGAGGCAGAUUUAAAAAUAAAUUGAUAUAUAAAUAUAUAUGUAUACAUGUAUUAAUGUUAAAAUAUGUAAUAUUAAAAUAUUUAAACUUUGA